GCAAGAGGAACUUAGUACUAUGAAUGCGUGGCACGCUGUGACAGAUUGACAGCUUUGACAGAUUCAUGGCUGGCUACACCCACAUAUUUUUAAGUGACAAAUUUUUCUACAAUUUUUAAUCAGAUUAAUUGGAAGAAUAAUUCCAACGCGUGCUUGCAUACGUAGGAAUAUGGCAUCUACAGAAGAUCAAAGACGCGUUGCUCUUAUCACCGGCAUUACCGGCCAGGAUGGUUCCUAUCUGGCAGAGUUUCUUAUCGACAAAGGUUAUGAAGUCCAUGGAAUUAUUAGAAGAGCAAGCUCUUUCAAUACGACAAGAAUCCAACAUUUAUACGAAGAUCCAAGGUGUCAUAGACAGGGGAAGAUGAAACUUCAUUAUGGAGAUAUGACAGAUUCUAGCAGUCUUGUUAAAGUAAUUAAUAAAGUUCAGCCUACAGAAAUAUAUAAUCUAGCUGCACAAAGUCAUGUUAAGGUGAGCUUUGAAUUGAGUGAAUAUACUGCAGAAGUUGAUGCUGUUGGCACAGUCAGAAUGUUGGAUGCUAUACAAACCUGUAAAUUAGAAAAAUCUGUAAAAUUUUACCAAGCUUCUACUUCUGAGCUUUAUGGAAAGGUUUUAGAAACACCUCAAAAUGAAAAGACUCCAUUUUAUCCUCGAUCUCCUUACGGUAAAUAUAUUUCAUUACACGUAUCUACUAUUCUCAUUACAAUAUGUUUUGCAGCUUGUGCCAAAAUGUACAGUUUUUGGAUAGUUGUUAACUACAGAGAAGCUUAUAGUAUGUAUGCUUGCAAUGGUAUACUCUUCAAUCAUGAAAGUCCUAGACGAGGUGAAAACUUUGUUACAAGAAAAAUAACAAGAUCCAUAGCUAAAAUUCAUUUAGGACUGCAGGAAGUACUGGAGUUGGGAAAUUUAGAUGCUAAAAGAGACUGGGGUCAUGCCAAAGAUUAUGUUCAAGCAAUGUGGCUUAUGCUUCAACAAGAAAUUCCAGACGAUUAUGUUAUAGCUACAGGUGAAACGCACAGUGUUAGAGAGUUUAUUGAAGCUGCAUUCCAAAUAAUAGGAACGAGUAUCGUGUGGGAAGGAAAAGGUGUAGAUGAAGUUGGUAAAGAUGCAAAAAAUGGUCGGGUACUUGUAAAAGUAAACCCACGAUAUUUCCGUCCAACCGAAGUCGACCUUCUAUUGGGAGAUGCAAGCAAAGCCAAAGCAAAACUCGGCUGGAAGCCUACUAUUUCAUUCCAGGAGCUGGUACUGGACAUGAUGACUGCUGAUUUGGAAUUAAUGAAGAAAAAUCCAAUGGCAUAAUUAUUGACUGAAGGAGCCAUAAAGUAUUUCUUUUUAUUAUAAUUGUUAUUUACAAGACAAGUGUGAUUUUG